GUGAAGGUUUUUAUUAUUUUGGAAGAGAAGAUUUUGAUUUUCGGUGUAACUUAGUAAAACUCGAACUCAGAAUACAAGCACUCUCCUUUCAAUUUAAAAUUUGAUUUUGAUUGAACAAGUAAUAUCUUCGCCAAGUGGGAACUUUGUUUGAUUUUUGCCUUCUUGAAGCUAAUAAUUCAAUUUAAUAUGUUUGAAUUUAAUACAAAAGAUGUAAAAGAAGCUGUGAAAGAAGAAACUGAAGAAACAUCACAUGCUACCUCUCAAACAUGUCCUUCAAUAGAUUUCAAUGAUUCUACUACACUCAUCAACUCUAAUCUACCAUCUAAUUCAGCUGAUAAUGGAGAAGAUAUAUCAAAUCGAGAAGAAAUUAAAUUAGAAAUUGAAUCUCAAACUCCUACAGUUCAUGAAGUGUUAAAUGUUACCAUCAAGUCUGAAAUCCAGGAUUCUGAUAAAGCUGAAGACAAAGAAAUCUGCACUAUUGUAUCAGAACAAGAUUUAUCAUCAGUGCCAUCGUCAGAAACAGAAAUGGAGAAACAACUCAAAAUAAAAAUAACGAAAACAAAGAAAAGCGGUAAACAGAAACCAAGUUCUAGGAAUUCAGAGAAGAAAAUAAAAUUAGCUCCAAAAAAGCCAAGACAUAAAAAAUAUGAAAAGCCUAGUGAUCUGAUUUUGAAAGUGUACAAAUGUGCUUUAUGUCCUAAAGUGUUUCAAAGGUCUUCUCAUUACAACGCUCAUCAACGCACACAUAAUCCUCUAACAACAAAACCUUUCUCAUGUGAGGAUUGCAAGAAUACAUUUCACUACCAUUGCCAGCUGAGAGAUCACGCUCGCAUACACACGGGGGAACGCCCAUUCAAGUGCCACAGUUGCAGUAAGGCUUUCACUCGGAAGGCCUGUUUGGUGCAGCACAUGGUCACACACAUGGACUCUCUACCGUUCCAAUGUGACAUCUGUCGCAAGAGGUUCGCCCGCAAAUACAAUCUGGCCAAACACGUCCAGUCACACUCGGGAGAGAGGCCGUAUCGGUGUCUGAACUGUUCACGACGUUUCAAGUGCAAGCAGUCGUUGGAAAGACACAGCAGAGUCCACGAGCUCAAUAUUUACUCCUGUACGAUUUGUCAGGAGAGUUUCGACAGUAAGCGGCGUCUGACACGACACAAAAUCAAUGAACACGUCAGUUAUAGGCCCUUCACCUGUCAGAUAUGUCACAAGCCAUUCAUAUUCAAAUCUCAACUGACGUAUCAUAUCAAAGAGCACAAUCUGGAGCGUCCGUAUUCCUGUGUCAAAUGUAACAAAUCGUAUUUCAAAAAAGGACAUUUGCUAUUGCACCUCAAACAGUAUUGUGGUGAUUUUAUUCCAGUCUCCAAAGUCAAACUGGAGGUUGUGGCUUAGUUUUAGAAUAAGAGUAAUACUUUGAUAUUUGGGCCACUCGUGUACAAAAUCUGGUUUUAUUAAACUUUACUCGUAUAAUAUAUUUUUAAUUACAUUGAAGCUUUAUUAUUUGUAAAUAAAUAUCAUAUCUUUAGUUGG